ACAAAAACUAGCAAACAGCGACAAGUUUUUUUUUUAAGAAAAUGGCCAAGCCUCACGUGCUCGUCGUGACCUAUCCAGCACAGGGUCACGUGAACCCAAUCCUCGAGUUCUCCCAGUGGCUGGUGAGUCACGGCCUCCGAGUCACCCUGGUCAACACCGAGUUCAUCCAGAAGAAGCUGACCGGGUCGACCGGCGCCGUGCAGCACGGCAGGGACCUGGCCAUGGUCAGCAUCCCCGACGGGCUCGAGCCGUGGGACGACCGGAAGGACCUCCGGCGGAACACGGAGGCCUUCUACGGCCGAGUCCCGGCGGCGGAGCUCGAGUUAGUUAUUACGAGGAUGAACGAGGACGAAGGGGGAAGGAUCGCCUGCGUCGUGGCCGACGUGGCCAUGGCGUGGGCCCUCGACGUGGCGGCGAGGAAGGGGAUCCGGCGGGCGGCGUUCUGCACGGCGCCGGCGGCGAUGACGGUGCUGUUUUUCCACACGGCGAAGAUGAUCGCCGACGGGGUGAUAGACGGCGACGACAUGCCGGCCAUGCACACCACCGACUUCAUCUGGGCCUGCAUCGGCGACAAGCCCACACGCAAAGCCUUUUUCCACUCAUGGGCCGUAAGCCUCCCCUGGAUCCAAUCCGCGGACAAGAUCAUCUGCAACUCGGCCCACGAACUCGAGCCCGGCGCUUUCUCCCUCCACCCGGAGCUCCUCCCCAUGGGCCCCCUUCUCGCCACCAACCGCCUGGCCGGCAAGAUCUCCGGCAGCCUCCUGCCCGAGGACUCCAGAUGUCUCUCGUGGCUCGACCGCCACCCGGCCGCCUCAGUCGUCUACGUGGCCCACGGCACCUCCACCGACCACGGCCCGGCCCAGCUCGUCGAGCUUGCUUUGGGCCUCGAGCUCACGGCCCGUCCCUUCCUUUGGGUCGUGCGGGACGACAACCAGAAGAAGCUUCCGGAAGGUUUCGUGGAGAGGGUCGAGGAGCGAAGGAAUAUGGUAGUCCGGUGGGCCCCACAGCAGGAGGUUUUGUCCCACCCGUCGGUCGGGUGCUUCGUGAGCCACUGUGGGUGGAACUCGACGGUCGAGGGGGUUUCGUGCGGGGUUCCGUUCGUGUGCUGGCCGUACUACGCGGACCAGUGGCUCAAUCGGAGCUACAUUUGCGACAAGUGGCGGGUGGGGUUGGGAGUGAGGAAAGACGAGAGUAGUGGGGUCGUGAGGAGAGAGGAGAUUAAGGAGAAAGUCGAGCGGGUUUUUGGGGACCAAGGGUUUAAGGAGAGGGCGUUGGAUCUCAAGGCGAAGGUUGUCGGGAGCGUGAAGUCGCGUAAGAAUAUGAUUAGGUUUGUCGAGUGGAUUAAGGAUGGCGCGUAUGCACAGGGUCACGUGAUCCCAAUCCUCGAGUUCUCCCAGUGGCUGGUGAGUCACGGCCUCCGAGUCACCCUGGUCAACACCGAGUUCAUCCAGAAGAAGCUGGCCGGGUCGACCGGCGCCCUGCAGCACGGCGGGGACCUGGCCAUGGUCAGCAUCCCCGACGGGCUCGAGCCGUGGGACGACCGGAAGGACCUCCGGCGGAACACGGAGGCCUUCUACGGCCGAGUCCCGGCGGCGGAGCUCGAGUUAGUUAUUACGAGGAUGAACGAGGAGGAAGGGGGAAGGAUCGCCUGCGUCGUGGCCGACGUGGCCAUGGCGUGGGCCCUCGACGUGGCGGCGAGGAAGGGGAUCCGGCGGGCGGCGUUCUGCACGGCGCCGGCGGCGAUGACGGCGCUGUUUUUCCACACGGCGAGGAUGGUCGCUGACGGGGUGAUAGACGGCGACGGUGAAAUUUUGAAGCACCAGCUAAUCCAGCUGUCUCCAGACAUGCCGGCCAUGCACACCACCGACUUCAUCUGGGCCUGCAUCGGCGACAAGCCCACACGCAAAGCCUUUUUCCACUCAUUGGCCGUAAGCCUCCCCUGGAUCCAAUCCGCAGACAAGAUCAUCUGCAACUCGGCCCACGAACUCGAGCCCGGCGCUUUCUCCCUCCACCCGGAGCUCCUCCCCAUGGGCCCCCUCCUCGCCACCAACCGCCUGGCCGGCAAGACCUCCGGCAGCCUCCUGCCCGAGGACUCCAGCUGUCUCUCGUGGCUCGACCGCCACCCGGCAGCCUCAGUCGUCUACGUGGCCCACGGCACCUCCACCGACCACGGCCCGGCCCAGCUCGUCGAGCUUGCUUUGGGCCUCGAGCUCUCGGCCCGUCCCUUCCUUUGGGUCGUGCGGGACGACAACCAGAAGAAGCUUCCGGAAGGUUUCUUGGAGAGGGUCAGGGAGCAAGGGAAUAUGGUAGUCCGGUGGGCCCCACAGCAGGAGGUUUUGUCCCACCCCUCGGUCGGGUGCUUCGUGAGCCACUGUGGGUGGAACUCGACGGUCGAGGGGAUUGUGUGCGGUGGGGUGCCGUUCGUGUGCUGGCCGUAUUACGCGGACCAGUGGCUCAACCGGAGCUACAUUUGCGACAAGUGGCGGGUGGGGUUGGGAGUGAGGAAAGACGAGAGUAGUGGGGUCGUGAGGAGAGAGGAGAUUAAGGAGAAAGUCGAGCGGGUUUUUGGGGACCAAGGGUUUAAGGAGAGGGCGUUGGAUCUCAAGGCGAAGGUUGUCGGGAGCGUGAAGUCGCGUAAGAAUAUGAUUAGGUUUGUCGAGUGGAUUAAGGAUGGCGCUUACACACGCAAAAACAUCCUCAAUCCAGAUUCCGGGAACUUAAUUCGAAAUCCCGCAUGCGAAAGAGACCACUUAGCAAAUGAAUCAGAAAUUCAGAAUGGCCGAGUUUCUGUAUCCACCGGACGAAUGGGUUCCCCAGUAAAAGGAUCGAAUUUGUACGGCUCGCCAACGAACCUGGUGCUGUCUGGACAGGUGGCGAAGGGAGAAUCUCCUCAGUUCUUAACCCAACCCGCCCAUAAGACAUGGCUGGGACCGUUUUGGAAUGUUGAAAAUGUGGGGCCCGGAGUGAUGACCUGGAGGCGGGAGUGGAGGUUCGACUUGAUAGAGGAUAGUCUGGAGGAGGAGGGCCUGACUCGUCUGCUCUUCGUAUUAGUGUUCCACCUGGCAGAGGGUAAUCUGGUAAAUGUCGGCCGUUGA